AUGGAUCUCCUUCCAACAAUUUCAUACAAAAUGCUUCAUCUAACAACUAAUGGAUUUUCUCUCAACAAUUUGAUUGGAUCCAGUAGUUCUGGAUCAGUUUACAAAGGAGUUCUUAAUCAAGAAAAAAUGUUAGUUGCAGUAAAGGUCCUAAACCUUCAAACUAAAGGAGCUACCAAGAGUUUUGUGGCGAAAUGCAAUGUCUUAAGAAAUGUUCGGCAUCGAAAUCUUGUGAAGUUCUUAACAUGUUGCUCUAGUAUCAAUUAUAAUGGUGAUGAAUUUAAAGCUCUAGUAUUUGAAUUCAUGACGAAUGGGAGCUUAGAUAUGUGGCUACAUCCAAUGACAGAUUGCAAAAGUCAAUCAAAAUAUUUGAUCUUUCUUCAAAGAAUAAUUAUUGCAAUUGAUGUGGCUUCUGAAUUAAAUUAUUUGCACAAUCAUUGUCAACAACAAAUCAUUCAUUGUGAUUUAAAGCCAAACAAUAUUCUUCUCGAUAGUGAGAUGAUUGCUCAUGUAAGUGACUUUGGUUUAGCAAGACUCCUUACAGCCACCAGUGAUUCUUCCCAGAAGCAUACUAGCAUAAUCGGGUUAAAAGGAUAUACUGUCUAUGUUGCUCCAAGUAUUACCUCUCCUAUUUAG